AUGAAAGAGAAGAGAGAAGUAGUCACUUCAGACAAUGUAAUCUUCGACGAGGAAAAGAUACGACAGAGGCAAGGUACUGAACUUGAGACAUCGACAACAGAGGGCACACCUGAGAAGCAAGAAGAAAGCAGCAGUGAGUCAGACGAAGAAGAGGAAAACUGGACAACUGGAGAUAGUGCUGAGGAGACUAAUAACGAAAAUGGGACACAACCGUCUGAAGAGCCAGGAAGAAGAAUUUUGCGAGAUCGUCGAACUUUGCAACCUCCACCGAGACUGAAAGACUGCGUACUUGACUCCAGACGUGGAGGAAAGAGCGCAAAAGUAGCCAUGAUUGGUGAAACGGAAGACAUUACGGCGUUUCCGGCUGUUCCUUCAACUUCACAGAAUGUAGUACAAGCAGUAGAACAUAUGUCAACGUCCACUAACCAACAAAUACGCCCUGACCUGAAUAUCCCUGACACUCCAAGAAAGCAAAGGCUGAAACAACGAAUAAUUCAUUUGGAGGAUAUAGCAAAACGCCGCCGUUUACGGUGUAAUGCAUUGUAUGCAUCACGUAGACGUUUAAAGAAGAAGGUGAAGGACGUAUCUCGAAUGUUAAGUGAACUAAAAGAUAAAAGAUUAAUUAAUCAAGAAGAAGUCAACCUUCUCGAAGUCUGUAAUGUAUCUGCAGCAGCACUUAUCAAGAGAAUGGUAAAAAAAACAAAGCAGUACUCAGCCGAACUGCGCAAGUUCGCACUUACACUACACUUUUAUUCUCCAAAAGCAUAUUCGUACAUAAGAAGUACAUUCAAUACGUGUUUGCCACACCCGAGUACGUUGAGGAAAUGGUACCAAUCCAUUGAUGCUGGGCCAGGCUUCACCGCUGAAGCAUUUAAAGUAAUGUCUCAAAAAGCAAAAACAUCUGACAAAAAAAUCCUGUGCAACUUGGUGAUUGACGAAAUGUCAAUUCGUCAAAUAAAGGAAUAUGACGGCAAUAUCGUGCAUGGUUAUGUAGAUUUCGGUGCUGAAUUUGACGAACCUGGGGACUUGUCAGUACCAUGCACACAGUCUCUUGUAUUCCUUUUGGUAGCGAUUAAUGAACCAUGGAAACUGCCAGUAGGAUAUUUUCUGGUUAACGGCCUUACAGGUGAGCAAAGAGCCAAUUUAGUUAAAAUGUGCCUAUCUAACUGUCACGAUGCCGGGAUUGAAGUGGCGUCAAUGACGUUUGACGGUUGUCCAUCAAACAUCGCCAUGUCUCGGGAGCUUGGUUGUUUAUUUGAACACCAAUACCAAGGUCAACUAAAAACCAGCUUUCCACACCCUACAACCAGCGAACCAGUUUCAAUAUUUCUGGAUCCCUGUCAUAUGAUAAAGCUUAUUAGAAAUACUUUAGAAAAUAAAAAAGUACUUCAAGAUAGCAAUGGAGGUUUUAUUAAAUGGCAAUACUUCGUAGAUUUAAAUACCCUUCAAAAAAACGAAAUGUUUCAUCUUGCAAAUAAAUUAACUACACGACACAUCGAUUUCAAAAAUCAAAAGAUGAAGGUGAAGUUAGCUGUUCAAUUACUAAGCGGUAGUGUUGCGAGAGCUAUAGAAUAUUGCGAUAAAGAAUUACAAAUUUUGAAUUUUAAAAACUCUGAAGCAACAGUUCAAUUUAUAAAUACUAUAAAUAAUCUUUUUGAUAUAAUGAAUUCCAGGAAAUUUCCCGGAAUAGACUUUAAAGCGCCAAUAAAUGAGAAAAAUGAAACUAAAUAUUUGACAUUUCUUGAAAAAACAGAGGUAUAUUUGAAACAUCUAGCGGUUCCCGGAGACGAGCAGAAAUUGAUAACCUCAAGAAAUAAAACAGGUUUUUUAGGAAUGUGUGUAUGCAUGAACAGCUUGAAGGAUUUGUAUCAGAGGCUGGUAAAAGAAGAAAAAAUAUUAAAAUUUAUACCCAUGUACAAAGUUAGUCAAGAUCACCUGGAGAUCUUUUUUUCUGUAGUCCGAUCUCAUGGUGGUUUCAAUAAUAAUCCGUCAGCACUACAAUUCAAAGCUAUUUAUAAGAAACUGCUUGUUCACAUGGAACUCAAACAAAGUUUUAAAGGAAAUUGUGUUCCUCUGGAGCACAUUACUUUAUUGACUUGUUCAUCCUCGGCUGAUCACAUAAAUUUGACUACAAAAGGAUACAGAUCAAAUUCACAGAUUGAUAUGGUUAAUGUACAAUCAUUGGCUAACUUUGAGGAAGAGCCAGCAAAUUUCUCAAUUGAUUUAACAAAAGUCUCGCAACAAGUUGUGUCAUAUAUUGCUGGAUAUGUAGUCAGAUACUUGUUAUUAAAAUUGGAUUGCACCGAUUGUAUCCAGGCCCUAGUCGCGUCAAAAACCCAGUCGCACCAUAGUUUUAUCGUAUUCAAAGACAGAGGUAGUCUCGUCUACCCAUCCGAGGACGUAGUCAAAAUUUGUAAUACCACUGAAUCUGUUGUAAAAAGCAACAUUGACGCAAAAAAGCCUAUUGAUCGCGAUCCUAAAAGUAUGGUGAUGAAAGCACUGAAGUUAUUUAUCGGUUCUGAUGUUUUCAACGUUCUCUAUGGUCACUCGUUCGAACAAGAAGCAUGCAGCAAUCAUCUUGUACACCUACUGCGGGCUGUGAUUCAAAAAUACGUUGAUAUACGUGUAAAGUAUUUUCUAAAAUCAAACAUGACUGAAACCAAACGACAGCUCUACAAUAAGCUUACACUUUUUAAGGGUCAAUAA